UAAUUGUCACUUUCUUGCAAUUAAUUUUAUGGUAUUUGUACCUCUUUUUCUGUAGUUCUAGAGCAAGAAACACCAUGAGCACCACCCAACGAAAGCGCCGUGGAGGAGCAGUUAAUUCUAGGCAAGCUCGGAAACGAAACAGGCUGGUGGCUUCUACCACAGAAAUGGCUUCAGAAGCCGAGCCAAUAGAACUUGAAGAAAGUGCUGGUGAAGAAGUAGUAGAUCUCACAUGUGAGUCGUCUGAACCUGUAGUUGUUGAUCUAACUCACAAUGAUUCUGUUGUGAUUGUUGAAGAGAAUCAGCGACAAAGGAGAAAUCUCAGGCUAAGAAGCCAGCGGCAGUCGGACAGCUGUGUUCUGAGCAGUGAUGAUGAAGAUGAAACGAGAGAUAACGAUGUGUAUGUGACAGAUAAAGUGUCUCGAGAACUGGGACCACUGGAAGAUGAAACUGCAAGUUCGAAGCCGUCUGGUACCGUUAGCUGUCCGAUUUGCAUGGAUGGCUACUCAGAGAUUGUGCAAAGUGGACGACUGAUUGUGUCGACCAAAUGCGGCCAUGUCUUCUGCAGUCAGUGCCUCCGUGACUCCCUUAGGAAUGCCAGCUCUUGCCCAACAUGCAGGAAGAAACUCACUCACAGACAAUAUCAUCCCAUUUAUAUAUGAGUACUUCUACUUCUCAGGACAGACUCAACUGGAUUUUUUGGGGAAAAUGUCACAUUUUCAGUGCUCUGAAGAUUUAAAGAGCAGCAGGUUGUGCACACUUCCAUAUAAAACUGUUUUGUUUUUUUUUUGGUUUUGUUUUUUGGAGAAUACCUUGUACGUAUAUAGACAGCUUUUUUUAUGGUCCAAGCUGCUCCUUGUUAUGUCCCUGGCUAUAAAGUUAAAUUUGAGACUGUCUCUAAACUAGACCAGCAGCCAUUUUCAGUAAGGAAGCAGCUCAGCUGAUCCAUUUGCUUCUACCUUUUUAAUGUUUAAAUAAGAGGGGUCUGAAUGUUUUGAUAUUUCUUACUCUUUCCCACUGUUGCAUAUAGAUAGAGAAUAGUUCCCUUUGAGGAUACAGAUGAACCAUUUGCCAUUUCAUGACCCUUUUGGUUUUAUGCUGUGAGAAGCUCAUGACUCUGUUCCUUUCUGCUAUACCAUCUUUGCCCAAGUAGAAGUAAGUUCUGUAAUGAUGGAUUGUUUUCUCAUAAAUGAAAAUGGAAUUGACAGUCAGGGCCACGCAAUAAAAUAACCUGCUGUUAACCAGCAAUCAGGUGUUUUAAGCAGAAUGCUUGAACAUGUAGAUGUCUGAACUCCGUGAGAUCUAAAGUAGGUAGACUAAUUGCAACAUGUACAAUGUGAAAAUACUGGUUUGAAUAUUUUAACUGCCAAGAAUUCCUGUAUUAGAAUCACAACACUGAAUUUAUUUUCUAAUUGGAUGAGAUGGUCUCUUGGCUUUACUCUUCUAUAGGCACUCUCUGGAUAACUAAGGAGGAUAUAGUCUUCUCUAGGCUUGUUAGUGAUGAAUAAGAAUCAAACUGUGUGCUUUCCUCUUGUCAGCUGAAUACCAAACUACCAACAGUUCUUGUUACUGGAUCAAGUGUACCCAGCAUAAUGCUUAAAGUUCAGUGCAUUCAAUUCCCUGUUCUCUUCAGUUAUUGUACUGACACCUGACUGGUUUCAGCCUGGAGUAUAUGAUUACAAAUUAAGAAAUUGUAUUGCCAUGAGUUUAGGAAGUGAAGGCUUUAAAACCUGUUUGAUAGCAGUUUUGACUUGGCAGCUUUUUUGAGAAAACUUUAGUCUUCCUUUGCCCUGAGGGUUGUCCAGCUUUCUGCAAAUGUGGAUUUUUAACAAAGAACAGAAGUCAGAUACAUCUGCUAGGAGAGAGUAUUUCUGCAUUGUAGCAAGGCAGGAAUACACAGGUUUAUGCACUGUUACCCAGACACCUUUGGGUUGUUGUUUUUUUUUUUUCCAGGACUGAGUGUAGAUGUCAACUUUAAACCUGUUACAGCAAAAAUCUGCAAGCUGAUAUGGAGUCCCAGCUGAGCUGAUACAAACAGGAUUAUAGUAAUUAAAUGUAGGUAAGAUUAUUAAAAUUAGUAUUUUGUGAACAAGAUAAGCAAUAGCUGCAUCUAUUUGGUCUAUUAAAAAAAAGCCCAAAAUUAAACUUCAGAUGACUUCUGGCAGUUGGUUGAUUAUGAAGACCAUUAGAAGUGCCAUUGGGUGCUCUGGUGCAGCAUAGUUGUAGGAUGCAUUUAGUUAACAUUGGUAUCUGCUCUGGCUUUGCAAACCUGUCCUAGGGAUCUGUGGAAGCUCUUUUUUACACAACUCUUCUAAUUAGCUGUCUCAAGCUCUGUAUUGAAGAUUGCAACCCCAAGGUAAAGGGGUUUUUUUAUUAGGCUUUUUAGGGAUGUUUCUGUAGUCAUACAGACAGAGCUUUGUUCCAUGCAGGCUAGCUUAGGUAAUUCAGUACCUUCCCCACCCUGGUUUGGAAUAGCUUUGGAUCAGCCCUGUUACCAGGAGGUAGGCAGUGUGGCAAUAUGGUAACUAAUAAAAAGAUACAGACUUCUUGUUACUGUGUGCUCCCAUUGGGGUAAUACAAAUGACAAACAUGACUACAGCAGUCUUGGGGCAGUGUGGUGACAGCAACAGCUGGAAUUUGGGUCCCACAAAAGAUAAAAAAUACGAAACAUUACUAAAGAUGGCUUAAAGCAUUGAUUGCAUGAAGGAAAGCAGCCCAACAUUAAAACUGUCAAGAUAAUUAAGGGUCACAGAAAUGGCCUUCUCCCAGGAGCUUAAAAAAGAAGGAAAAAAAAAAAACGGUGGCCAGUUUUUCUGGGGUGGCUGCUGCACAAGAGGGACAAUAAGAGGAUGUAAGGGAUGGCCUCUGGGGUGAGUCAUGGGUCUGUGCAUCUUCCACAGUGUUCUAGCCAUAGCCUGAAAUUAACUUUGCACAACUCCAUGUAAAUAUCACUUUAUAGUUUGUGUCUCAAUAAAUAGAUCUUAUUGAAAUUUAAAUACCACAAACUAUAAAAUAUUUAACAAAAAAAAAAGGUUUUUAGCUUUUGUGUACCCUGUGAAGUGCCACAAAUUUUGUGCAUCUCAAAAUGAAUUUUAAGCUCUCGGUACAUGGAUAAAAAACUAAAUUGCAUUACACGCUUUUUUUAGAAGGAGGACAAAAAAAAAAGUCAAAUAUAUUUGAGUUCCAGUGAUGUUUCACAUUGGCAAGAAGUAAUAGAUAAUAUAAAGAUUUUUUUUCAUUAUGUAAAUGUAUGUCUUGUUGUAUAUAGUUCAAUUUUUCCUGUAUUUAAUUGUAUUCAUGUCUGUCUGUCCCAUCUAUGUUGGACUCUGCUGGUAGGCAAACAGUUCUUUUAACAGGUGGAAAUAAAACUACCAAUUUGAUCAA